AUGCCCAAGCCUCACUUUAUGCCCAUCCCUCCGGGCACCAGCCUGGCGGGCAAGACAGUCCUGAUCACUGGGGGUAACUCAGGCCUCGGUCUCGAGUUCGCACGCCAGUCCCUGACCUUGAAGGCAUCCCGUGUAAUCAUCACCGUUCGCUCUCAGGCCAAAGGUGACGCGGCACUUGCACACCUUCGGGCUGAUCCUGAGGUCCAAGUCACCAAUCCUGACGCGAAAGUUGAGUAUUUCUACCUCGAUCUGGACGGCUACGAGUCUGGAUUGGAUUUUCUGAGAAAGGUCUACACAGAGGUUCCGGAGCUUGAUAUUCUCCUCUGCAACGGUGGCACGAACAUCUUCAACUAUGAAGUGAGCAAGAGUGGACAUGAGCGACUCAUGCAAGUACUUUGCUACACGCAUUUCCUCAUUGUCCUCAGCUUGCUCCCCUUGUUGAGCGUGACCGCGUUCAAGCGUGGAAAGCCUUCACGAGCCACAUUCUUGAGCUCCUACAGCCACACUCGUCACACUCUGUUGUCCAAUCCCAUCGCCGCAGAGGAUUCGAUCAUCGGCCAUUUUGAUAAUGCCAAGAAAUAUGUUUCUGGCAAGCGAUAUCAGGACGGCAAGCUCAUUAUCAAUGCCAUUGUCCAACGCCUCGCAGGCGUUGUUCCCCCUCCGAGGUCAUUAUCAACUAACCUGCCACUUUGGAUCAAACCCUUCAUGUCUGUCUUCUUCAAGCUCCAGGCGCGGCCACUGGUUGAGGGAGGCCGAGUUGUGGUUCGUGCUGCUGUGGUGGUAGGCAAAGAGAGCCAUGGAAGAUACCUCCAGUCUGGAGAGAUUCAUGAUAGUGCGGCGUUCCUUGCUCAACCAGCAGGCACGAAGUUUAUCGAGAAGCUCUGGGCCGAGAUUGUGGCAGACGUUGGAAAGUACAAUCCCGAAUUGAAGAUCUAUGGUCUUUGA